UAUCUUGAAAGCUUUUUGCGCCUAUGCCCUUUUACUUUGCCGCCCUUCAAAUUAUUCUCUAUUUUUUCAUUUCACAAUAUCAAAGUAAAAUUUCGAAUAAUUUCAGCUGAAAGUUCUGCUGGAGACAAUCGAAAGGGACUGGAAAACGUGGUCGUCGACACCGGAAAUUGAGAUUAUAAGGAAAUACGCCAUUGAUGGAAAUAAACUUAGAGUAACAUUUGGAAAAUUUCUGUGCGGAGGAUUAGCAGUUUUUCUUGUCAUGCCACUUGUACCACAGGUUUUAAAUGUGAUACUGCCAUUGAAUGAAACAAGGCCUAAAAUUCCGCUUUUCAUUGCUGAAUUUUAUAUUGACAAAGAUCAAUACUAUUAUUUGAUUUUCAUUCAUAAUUAUUGCACUACUUUUCUCUUCAUAUUGUUCUAUUUGAUUGGAGACAUAAUUCUUAUGGCGAGUGUUCAACAUGCUUCUGGAGUGCUUGCAGCCAUAGGAUAUAGACUUAAUAGUAUCAUGAACAGUGAGAAUUAUAAUUCUACUAGUGGGAGUAAAAUCAAACAACAAAUUUUUGAGGACAUCAGCUUCUGUGCGAAAGAGCAUAUGAACAUAAUAAUUUUCGUUAAAGACAUCCACGAAUGUUGUUCAACGGCAUUUUUUGUGACAAUCGCAAUUAACAUGGUGAGCAUAAGCGUAGUAGGUGUGCAGGCAGUCACCCACUUAGACGAUCCAGACCAAGCUAUAAGAUAUGCUACUUCAGCGAUUAAUCAAAUAGUUCAUCUCUUUUGUCUAUCCGUGCCUUGUCAACAAUUGACAAACGAGGGCAAUAACAUCUCUGAUUGCAUAUAUAAUGGAAAAUGGUAUGAGUUUCCUGUGAGAUCAAAAAAGCUGUUGCUAAUGAUAAUGAAAAAAAGCAGCGAACCAUGUCAAUUUACUGCUGGAAAGAUUUAUACAUAUUCAAUGCAAAGUUUCGCAACGGUCCUCAAAACGUCGAUGUCUUACUUCACUGUAUUGUCUUCAUUCCAGUAAUUCCUACAAAUACGACAACUGUGACCUGAAUCAUAAAAAAUUAUAUUUUAAAAAAUUCUAGAUAACAUAUGCGUAAGAAUUAUAUUUUGUU